AGCCCCCUCCUUUCUCCAUCCGGGGACUAUAAAGCGGCAUCCCUGAAGCCGGCGCCUUCUCCUCCUCCUCCUCUGCAUCAGGACCGAGCCUCUUCUCUCUCUCUCUCUCUCUCUUGCUGAGCCUGCAUCCCUCUCCAUCCUCCGCCAUGAGCCACCUGCGCGCCUCCACCUCUUACCGCCGCACCUUCGGCCCCGCGCCGGGGUCCUACGCUUCCUCCUCCUCCCGCGUGGCCUCUUCCUCGCGCUUCCUCAGCGCUUCCUCUUCUUCCCCGGGAGCCUCUCUGCGCUCUUACCGCACCGGCGGCGGCGGCGGCACGAGCAACCUCUACUUGCGCUCCAGCACGCCGCUCUCCUCGGCUUCUCCGCAGCGCUAUUACUCGUCGUCCUCUUCGGCGUUGGCGGCGGAGAAGCUGGACUUCUCGGUGGCGGAGGCGGUGAACCAGGAGUUCCUGGCCACGCGGAGCAACGAGAAGCAGGAGCUGCAGGAGCUGAACGACCGCUUCGCCAGCUUCAUCGAGAAGGUGCGCUUCCUGGAGACGCAGAACGCGGCGCUGGCGGCCGAGCUGGGCCAGAGCCGCGCCCAGGAGGCCCCCGCCCGCGCCCACCGCCUCCUCCACGAGCAGCUCCGACAGCUCCGCGCCCAGGUCGAGGCCCUCGGGCAGGACCGAGACCGCCUCCAGGUCGAGAGGGACAACCUGGCCGAGGACCUCGCCGCCCUCAAGCAGAGGCUGGAUGAGGAAUUGCACAAGCGUGAAGAUGCUGAGAAUAAUCUGGUUCUGUUCCGCAAAGAUGUGGAUGAUGCCACCCUUUCUCGCCUGGAACUGGAACGCAAGAUUGAAUCCCUCAUGGAUGAAAUUGAAUUCCUCAAGAAAGUGCAUGAGGAGGAGAUGAACGACAUGCAGGUGAGCAUUCAUAGCCAGCAGCAAGUGCAAGUGGAGGUGGAACAGGCCAAGCCAGACCUGACAGCUGCCCUGCGAGACAUCCGCACCCAAUACGAGAGCAUCGCCGUCAAGAAUCUUCAGGAGGCUGAAGAAUGGUACAAAUCCAAGUUUGCCGACCUUUCGGAUGCAGCCAACCGGAACCAUGAGGCACUCCGCCAAGCCAAACAUGAGAUGAAUGAAUCUCGUCGCCAGAUCCAGAGUCUCACUUGCGAGGUGGAUGGGCUCAAAGGAACAAAUGAAGCCUUGCUGAGGCAGAUGAGGGAUCUGGAGGACCAAUAUGGGGCUGAAGUGGCCUCAUACCAGGAUAAUGUGGCACGGUUGGAGCAGGAGAUUCACCACAUGAAGGAAGAGAUGGCCCGUCACCUGAGGGAAUACCAGGACCUGCUGAAUGUCAAGAUGGCUCUGGACAUUGAGAUAGCCACCUACCGGAAGCUGCUAGAAGGGGAGGAGAGCAGGAUUUCACUGCCUGUCCAAUCCAUGGCAUCUCUCAGCAUCAAAACAACAGUUUCAGAGCCAGAGCCAACUGUAGAGACCCAUACUAGGAAGACUGUGCUGAUCAAAACCAUUGAGACUCGUGAUGGAGAGGUGGUGACUGAAUCCAGGAAAGAGAAGCGGGCUGAGAUAGAGAAGUGAUUCUGGUCAUGCCCAGUGCCUCCCAGAUGCCACGGGGAAGGGCACUAAAGCUAACCAAUGUGCAAAGAAGUCCCGGCAGCAGAUCCCCUCAUUUCCUCACAAAGCCGCACUGGCCUUAUGUAUGACGACGACGACGAAGAUGUCAAUAUUUCUUACCUCUGACAGCCUUCCUGCACUGUCUACCAGGCUUCCUAAACCAGUUUUACCCCUUAAUGUUCACCUCUAGCCUUCCUGAGGGCAGCCUGGUUGUGAUGCCAGCAAUAACCGCCCACCGGCUGGGGAGAGGAGCAUGCCACUCUUCUUCAUCCUGCUCUCCCCUCCCAGUGCCUCCUCUCUUUCCGCCACACUCUUUCCUAUUUUGCUCAGUUAGGCUACAACCCACCUUGUAACUUUAUUCUCUUGCAGAGGGAAGAAAGGUCUCUUUCCUUGAUCCAGGUCAGGCCAGUUGAGGCAUCGGUAUGCCAGCAAUGUUUGGAUUAAAAACCUUGAUCAAGAAGUCCAUAGAAUUGAUGGUUAUGCAAAAUAGAAGGCUCUUAAUAUCUGGGAAGUCCAGCCAGGCAACACCAACCUAGAAACACCAAAGAUGAGGACCAAAUAUUUGGUCACCAUUUAAUUCUGUGUGUUGGCCACUGCAACCAGUUAUUUGUUAGAGAUUCUCAACUGAUCUCCUUUUGAAAACAUCCCGCAUGAAGGUGGGAGCUAUGUAUCAGUAAAUCCUUGGUUCUUGCCUAUGCCGUGAGCUCGCCCAAUGGCUUUAGCCAGUCAUCCUUCUCUCCCUCUCUCCAUCUCAGUAUCUCAUUAACUCACUCCCUGCUUUCCCAGCUCGGCAACACAAAGGAGAAUACCAUUGACUUCUUUUACAAGGUUGUUGUAAGGAUAACAAUAAGGUAAAUGCAUGCAAAGCACUCUAAACACUUGAAAGUGCUGUACAGAUAUGACAUAUAAUCAAGUUCCUAAAGUUUCACAAGUGCACCCAAACACAAAAUAGAUUAUUGGUUGCAUUGAACAAGAAAUCACUGAAAAGGAAACAGAGAGGUUGCUAAGAGAUUGAUUGAUUUAAUAUGUCACUGAUCAUAGCACUGAAUGGGCAUGAGGUCAAUUUUUCAACCUAAACAUCCAGUUGGAUUCAACUGAAUUGUUAAGUAACUCUGUUCUUGGACAGCAUUACUUUGUCUUCAGAAAUAGCUCUUCUUUGGAGGCAAAUCAUAUAUGUCUCUUAGUAUGGUAGCCCCCUUGCCCCAGCCUCAUAAACUGGGCUUUUAGGACCUAAUCCUAAAUAAAUGUAGCUUGAUUUACUUAGAGUAGCCUUCAAGUAAUCUUCCUUUGCUUUUCUUCUUUAGAGGAGGUCUCCCCUUUUCAGAUAAACUUUGGGUAUUGCUGAGAUAAUAUUUCAGUGCCUUCCAAAGUAGUCCCCCUCUCCUCUGGCCACUUCCUUAUCUUCUUGAGGAAGCCCUACACUCCUAAACACCCUCUUGGCAAGUUCUACAUGGCAUGAAAAGGCACCAAAGUCAGUUCGGCUCUUCUUAGUCAAGAUCACUGGGAUUCCCCUUUAUUUGUAUUUAUUUAGGUCAGUGUCAAAGAUGUGAGAAAGGCAGAUGACCAAAUGGGGUCUAGAGUACACAGCAACACGUGGGCAUUGCUUUCACACAUGUUGAGCUCAAACUUUUGAAAUCAAUAAAUAAAUGGGAAUGCCCACAUUCAGCAAUUGUGAUUUGUUACAAAUAGGUGUUGGUUACUUCCUGCUGAUCAAUAGAAGUGCAAAGUACACCUAUAAUUAAAAUCUACACAAAAAGGUUGUUAUCUAUA